AAAGGAAGAAAAUUGUUUUUAACCGUACAUGGAAAAAGGAAAUCCCACGUGCGGUGAACAGAUGCAGAAUGCUGACGUGGUGAGAUUGUGGACGAUACCGAUACGAAAGCAGCCACGUCAUCUUAAGGUUCCGCUGAAGAAGAUUCCAGAAGUGAGUCCCUCGGGCAUAUUUUGAAUCUUCCCGAAACUUCUCAAUUUUUCGAACCUUUCUGCAAAUCCAUUUCCCCCCAUAUAUGUAGCAGUCGGCCAUGUCCCCUGUUCUUCAUCGGAGACAUUUUAUCUGCAUUUGCGCAAGAGAAGGUCAUCUAUUCACUCGAGAAAGUUCUGUUUGUGCUUUUCCUGAUCUGUUUUCUUCUAGAAUUUUUUUGAAUCCUCAAUUGUAAUGGAGAGUCCCUUCUUCAGGAAUCACUGGAACUACCACCCUCAACGCCCUCGGUAUGUUCCUAGCAUGAUGGAAAUUCCGGUGCAUCGGCGAACUGUGCCGGUGGUUCCGAAGGUGGUUUCGAUUCCUGUCCGUUUUGUUGAGUCGAAGAAGAGCAGAUCUGACUCGGCCACCAAAAUCCAAAAGGUUUUCAGAGGUUUUCUGGUGAGGAAGAGCGUGAAGAAGGUUGUGGCGAUUGAGAGAGAAGUAAAUGAGAUACAGAGGAGGCUUGCGAAUGAAGAGACUGUGGAUUUGAUUCGGAAGGAUGGUAAGGAGAGAAUUAAGUUUGGUGAGAUGCUGAUGAGUUUGCUGUUUAGGUUGGAUUCGGUGAAAGGCGUGGAUUUCGGAAUUAGGAAUUUCAGGAAGGCAGUGAUCAAGAAGGCUAUUGCCUUGCAGGAGAAGGUCGAUUCAAUUGCUGCUGUGGAUGAAGCUACUGAUGUCGUCCAUGAGACUCUUGAAGCUGCGACUGCCAAAUGUGAUUCUGAAGCUGUUGAUCGGAGCUCAGGAAUGGAUAUUUCUGGUGCAAGGGAAAUCGUUGCGAAAGAAACUCAGGAUCUCAAGGAUAGAAUUCCAGAGCUUGAAGAUGAGAGUUGUACUGCAAAAAUGGCAAACAGCGAACCAGUUGACGGUUGUGAUGAUGAUAGAACAGAAAUUGAAUCUGUUGAACCUGCCGAUGAUUGCAAUGAGCGUGGAAACGUAGAUGAGGUAGCAUUAACGCCUCGUUACACUGCAAAGGAGGGAGCAAUUAUCGAGGAAUCUACGGCUUGUUCUAUGGAAUCGAAUGCUGAUCUGGAAGCUCCUGAUGCAGAUGAUGAUAUACCGAAACCUCAAGUUUCAGAGCAAGACAAGAACUCGCCAGGAGAAGAUGAGGUGCCUGCAGAAGUUGACAACGACAUUAUGCAUAGAGAGGUUGAGGCGGCAGAAGAGUACGCCGAAAUGAGUGACGCUGAAAGUCAGACGGAUUCGUCUAAUAACCCACCAAAUUUAGACAAUGGGGUUGAAGAAUAUGGAGCUGUAGAUCAAAGGGAGGGCAGUGGAAAUGAAGAGGAUCCAAUAGACGAAGAAGAAGAAGAAGAAGAUAGCAGAGUGAAGGGAGGAGAAGAACAUGGGGAGAGUAGAGAGCUUCUUGAGAAGAUGAUGGUGCACAACAAGAGAAUGAUGGAGAUGAUGGCGCAGCUGUUUGAGAAGAACGAAAUGCAGUCACGAUUGUUAAGCUCACUGUCCCAUAGGGUUGAGCAGUUAGAGAAGGCACUUGUUCUUGAGAUGCUAAGAAAGAAGAAGAGGAGGAACAGCACAGAUUGCUCCCAAAAAUGCCCCAAAACAAAGAAAAGUGACUAGAUGACAGCUCAAAAUGGCUUCUACAAUGGUUCUGUAAAUGUCGGUUGUCAUGAAGUUUUGCAGUGAGAACGGAAAUUAUGAUCUGGGUUGCCAUGAAGUUUUACAAAGCUUAAUUUUCAUAUAUCUACAAGAACGAUGAGCAGUGUUUUAUAUGAACUGAUACCAUAAUUCUUUUGAUUCCCAUAGUUGGAUUUCGGGCUUGCUUAAUCUUAAAUUUGUUCAUGUAAGUGCAGGUAAGCGUUGAAGGGUUGUUUCGU